AUACACACUCUCACACACAGCCCAGCAUAAUCAAGUUUAGUAUCGUUCGUGAAAAGAUGAGUCCUGUUCGGCGGCACGGAAAAUAGUCCCAGCGGAAAAACAGUGGAAAUUUUGCACGCCCGUGGCCUUUGGGUGUGUGUGUGUGAUGUGAACACAUAACCCGCAUGUAACAGUCGCAGCAUAUUUGCGUGUGUACAUUGCGGCACAAGCGAAAGCAGUGAAAGGGUGGCCAUUUCUCGCCGCGAACGUUCUGUGAUUUGUUGGACACUGUGCGUGGAUCGGACUCGUGCAAUUGUGUUGGGAAAAGCCUGUAUAAUGCGGAAAACGACCGUCCGCUGCAGCGAGUGCAAAACAAAAUAAAUCAAAGCUCACCAUAGGUAGUGCACUACUCGGUGUGGCAAAUCACAGCUUCCCUCUAGCUCGGUUUGAUUAACCGUCGGAGGAAAGAAGGAAGAGGAAGAGAAGGUUCUGGUUUGCAAAACCCCCCACGCGAAGAACCAGGGAGCGGGGAAGAGAGAACGAGAGAAAAGCGCUAGUGCAAUCUCUUCCUCCAUAUCGCCCCAUCGUGUGUGUGUGUGCGCGUUUCUGUGUGCCCGUGUGUGUGUGUGUGUGUUUGUGUAGUUUAUACAAUCGAGCAAAUUUGCUGGCGGCCGUCCCUGCUUGGCGCUUGCCUUUUUCACUGAUUGAUUGCGAGGAUCGACUGUUGUUGCUUCCGCCAAAGCAGCAGCAGCAACAGCAGCUCAAGGUGAUUGCGAUCAAGACGUAACGCGAAGUUGGGUCCGUUCCUUCAGAAAACAGGAAAGGUAGAGCCUUUAAGCUUUGCAUUGAUCAGUUUUUCCCUUGUUCCGUGUGCAGUGUGAACGUCUUCUAUCAGCUAGAAAACUAGUUCUUUUUAACCCAAAAGUCGUCUAUCCAUACAGAAAAGCCCCAGUUGAUUCAGUGUGCGGCAAAGUUAAAGAUCUUUUUUGGAGAAGACCACUACUUGCUCGCCCGAGCAUUCCCAGCCAAGAGAGCAGUGCGAAAGAUGCGUUAAGCAGACGGCGGUGACAAGGUGCAAUGGUUAAUCCUCUAUAGUCGGCCCCCGAGCGAUUGAUUCCAGCAGGAAAAUCAGUUGUAUGUGUGUAAAGCACAAAAACCAAGCGGGCCAGUGAAAAUCACCGUUGUGAGAUAUGAGGUGAGCGCGUGAGCAGCAGUUCCCCUUUUGCACCCUCCGAGCGUGUGGUUGUUACAUAAAAGCAAAGCGGAAAAUUCACCGUGCCGUGCGAGCAGAACAGCAAGCAGAGUGAGUCGCGAGUAGGAGCAGCAGCAGCAGCUGUCACUACGAUUGGUGUUUUUAGUUGUUUGGUUAACAAAGUGUUUGGUGUUCGUUUAGUGCGUGUGUGUGUGUGUUAUGUGUGCAAAAAGCGCUCCUCUUUGCGAGAGCUCCGCCGUGCAAAAGUGUGUGAAAAGUGUCGGAAAAAGUUAGGCAAAAAACGGAAUUUUAACUAAGAGUGGACGACCUCCUCGCUAGCGUAAUCUUGUGAAACUCACCCAAACGAAAAGGAUUCAUCCCUGCUUAGGUCAAGCUGCUGCUCUUCCUCACCAAAGUGUAAGGCACGACUUACACGUGACUAAAAGAAAAGGAUUGCCCUAAUCAAAACCCCGGGCGAACGGUUUGCCGGGAGUAAAGCUCGAGAAGAACGCGCUAGUGAACGCGCAGUGUGGGCCACACGCCACCGAAUCGGUUUCGUCGCUGCAGCCGCGCGCGGUCCCCGCCCGUGAAAAGCCGUCAAACUGGAGCGACUCCCAGAGUAUCUGCGCGACACGGUGGACUGGUUUAUGGGCAGCACCCUCAGCAACAGUUCCGUGAGUGAUCGUGCAAGAGAAGAAGAAAAAGAAGAAAAGUAUAAAUCAAUUGAAUCCAAGAGUGAAAGUGGGGUGAAAAUAAGCAAAAGAAAGCAAAAGAAAUUGAAAAAGAAAUCUUCAACCAUCGCUCGCUUGAUCGUAUCGUAGUAGUCAUCGCGAAAACCAGGAUGAAGGCAGGAAACCCUCCCCGUGUGUCGUCGUAGUGGUGGUUGUGUGAUAAGUGUUGUAGUUCUUUCUGUUUGUUGUCGAGGAGGGUGUUUUUUUAAAAGUAUUUGUUUUGCUGCUCAUGUGCUUUGUUUUAACACACCAUCAUAUUCCCCCUUUUAUCCACCUACAACCUUCCCUUCCCGGCACGUUUUGAUCUGCGAGACAACAGCGCGCGAACAUCGUGCGGGGCGCAUACUUGCAGCAGAUUGGUUGUGUUUGUGAAAAGGAAAAGUUUUAAAUGAAAUAGAAAGAAAAGUUUCCUCACCAAAACGUUACGCGUGACGUGUGACAGCUGCUAGUAUAAGUGGCUGGGGGGCUGUGCUUCCUUCUGUGUCUGUCUUUACCCACCUUCCCGGAUCGUAUCAUUUAAAGGGUUGUGCGUGGCUGUUUGUGCGCGCGCGUGCGGGUGGGACGCGUUGGCGACAAGGGGGCAAGGACGACAACGCUGGAGGAUACGCUCUUCCGGUUGAGCAAGUUGCGCGAACGUUUGAAGGCGAUGCUUCGCUCACCGGCACAUCUGAUCGGACAUGGGCCGGGAGCGGGCGGUGGUGGCGUGGUGGGACUGCACAGCCACGCUUCGUCGCCGCCCCACGCCCGGCCGUCGCUGUUCGAUUCCUGUCACAGGAAAAUCCGGCUCAUCGGUGGCGGCCCGGUCGCAUUUCUCGGCGGUUUAGUAGCAAAAGCCCGACGCAAGGAACGAGACGGAGAUUCGAAUCAGGGCGACACAAAGCUUUACCUCGAGGAAGGGCUGCUAGAGCGGAAGCUACCGGAUGCGGACCUGCGAUUACUAGUGGAUCUACCGGCCGGCUUGGACUACAACGAAUGGCUAGCAUCGCACACUCUUGCGCUGUUCGAGCACGUCAACCUCGUGUACGGUACCAUCAGUGAAUUCUGCACUACAUCCGGCUGUCCAGACAUGACCGGCCCAGGAACUAGGAUGUACCUCUGGUUCGACGAGAAGGGCAAGAAGACGCGGGUGGCCGCCCCACAGUACAUCGACUACGUGAUGACGUUCACGCAGAAGACGGUCAGCGACGAGUCGAUCUUUCCCACCAAAUAUGCCAAUGAGUUCCCUAGUUCGUUCGAGAGCAUCGCGCGCAAAAUCGUCCGCCUGCUGUUCCAUGUGAUCGCGCACCUGUACGCGGCCCACUUCCGCGAGGUCACCAUGCUCGGGCUGCACGCGCAUCUUAACCUCACCUUCGCGCAUCUCACCGCGUUCCAUAGGCGAUUUAAUCUGAUAGAACCCAAAGAGACAGAAGUGCUGCGCGAUCUGGAGAUUGCGCUCCGCCUGACGGACGAUCCGACGGCGCCCGCGGUCACCACCGGCGCCGACGGCAAGGCGGACAGUAGUGCCUCGAUCGCGUCCACGACCUCGGCCUCGACCGGCACGACCAACACGUGCUCGUCCUCGUCCACGUCCUCGACCGCUUCCUGCUCGCCGCCGCUACUCCUAACCGCCGCUGCAGCCGCCGCCUCCUCUACCGUGCCGCCGCCGUCGUCGUCGCCGCACCCGAACAACGGUACGAUCCUGCCUCCCUCCUCCUCCUCUACCGCCGCCACGCCGAACAGCAGCUGCAGUGGUGCGGACAACAAUAAUAGCAACAGCAGUAGUGAUAGUGGUGCCGCCGGCCACGCGAACCACCACGCGCUCAUCGAUGGGGACGCGACGGCCCAGCCGAUCUGCAAGCAGCCGCUCGAAUCGGGCAGCGUCGUUGUAAAUAGUAAUAGUCAUAAUCAUCACCCGCACCAUCACCACAACCAUCCCCAUCACCAUCAUCACCAUCAUCCGGGUAAGAUGGAAUCGUCCUGUGCGACCGGUGGUGGUGGCGGCGGCAGUGGCAGCAGCACCGGCAGCGUUGGGGUGAGCGGAUGCGGCGUCGGUUACAGCGUCGUUGGAGGGGGAGGCGGCGGUGGAGGUGGCGGUGGACAUUCGGGCGGGGCCAGUUCGCAGCAGUCGUCCAACACGCAGACAACGGCAUAGUGGAUACGCUGGACUGCGAGUGUUGGGGCCGGCGCCGGAACCAUGUUCCUGCUGGGCGGGGCGGCGUGCUGUGGGGCCCUCCAGGUGCCCACCCAAAUCUGACCAAAAUGUGAUCUUAAAAAAACAAAAAACAAAACAAAAAAAAAACACACACAAGCAUACGCGGAAAAAGGAUGUGAAGCGAAAGGUGGCAAACACACACACACAUAAGUGCGUCUGUACACAUCCUUGGAGAACAGGAGUGUGAUGAUGGAGGGAGGGAUGUUGCCAUUCAGGUGUAUGUGUGUGUGUGUAUGUGUGUUGGUUCGUUGUCCCUGCUUUCAUUUUGCCUUUUGCACGAAACACACAUACACGACACGCGCCCCUAGCAACGCUCCCCCCCCCCAAACAACCAAUCAGCAUCGCAUCACGCUCAGAGGACAGCAGAGGAGGCGUUGCGUCAAUCUUACUUUUUUUAUUUUUUAAUGAAGCUAGGAACCAUUUUUAGUAAGCGUGAAAAGUGUGUGUGUGCUCUGUUACACGAAACAACACCCCCUCCCAAGAAAGGAUAAUAUAUUUGUGUAUGUAUUGUAACCCAUUAUGAUUGAAACCAUCCUUCGAGGUAGCCUGAAUAAUAAGCAAAAAUAAGAAAAAAAGGAAACGAAACAAGCGGUCCCUGUAAAAACGAAGGGAGGGACGGAUUUUUAACUGUUCGUUUGGGGACACUUAUUGGUACCGUCAGCUGUUGCUGCUGCUAGACAGUGGGGAAAGCGAUGGCAAAUGGCAGUUAUGCGGUCAUAACUAAUUUUUGAUUGAACUGUUUAGUUAUCUCUCUGUUCCUGUUUUUUUUUUUUCAAUAUCGAACACAUAAUAUUGUAAAUUAUUUUUGGUAAACUUCUUUCCUAGUUACAAUCACAUUUCCAAGGAGUAAUUCUUUUUGCUGUGUUCUUCUGUUAUCUAAUUCUAGUGCGAUCUAUUCGGCCCUUUUCCCUCUCUUUUUGUAAGAAAGCAAUUGUUUUGUUUUAUGUUUUGUAUUUGUCUUUGCUUCGUACACGCACACGUUUCGUUUCGUUUUUGUUACUCUACUGUGAUCAUGAUUGUUGGUUCUUCUUUCUUUUUACUUGUUUAUUUUUCCCUUUUCGGUUUUGCCUCAACCGAACACACUUUGUAAAGCGCAAGAGAGAGAGAGAGAGAUAGCUGGAGCAUCCUUUUUUAUCGUUGUUAGAAAAAGGUUACAAUAAACAAAAACGAAAAACAAAAACAAAAAAACAGCAGCUGUGAAAAGAAAAUAUAAUGAAAUUGAUUACCGAAAAAAAAGCAGAGAGAAACAUAACACAUCCGGUCAAAUUAUGAAUAGCGCGUUGAUGUUGUUUUGCAUUCACUCCGUCUCCUGUUGCAGUGAGUGAGGUGCAAAGAUCAAUUCGUACAUUAAACCAAGGCUAAGGUUUAUACAAGAAAAGGUGAUAUAUAUCUGCGUUUAUGUAUCUUUUUUCUUAGCGUUCGUAACGAGCAAAAACAGCAUUUUUCUGUGCUAUUUUCUUCUUUUUGUCUCUUUUUUUAACUAAUUCGUGUUUUCCGUGUCUUUGUGCAAAUGAUUUCGCUCUUGGUUUUCCCCUCUCAUUUGUUUCCUUUUCCAUUUCCCUGUUUUUGUGUGUUUAUGUGUUCUAUAUCGCGCGCUCUUUAGGUUGUUUAAUUAUUACAUACUGUUAGUUACUAUUUUAGUGUACUUUUCUGCUUUUGUUUUGGUUUUGCUCGAUCGACUGCCCAUGUUGUGCGUCGUGUGUUUUUGUGGUGAUAGUGAGCUGAAGUCGAAGGGUAGUAGUCAUCACUUCAAAUGGAUCCAUCCCCCAACCAACCAACCAACACACAAUAACCUUAAACUACUUAUAAUUUGCACCUUGUUAGAGGAAGAAGAAUAUAACUGUUAGCUAGAGCGACGCAUAUUAUGAAAAACGCAUUAGCGAUCGAGAUGCGUUUAUGCGUCCGAUCACUUUAGUUUGGGCAGCUGGUGCAGCAGCAAAGCAGAUAAAAUAAUUAAACCCUUUACAGACCCGUAAGCCGCACUAAAAGUGUCAAGAUGAAAGCAAACAAAAAAAGAAUUAUAGUUUCACACCAGUAGCAUGACAGCAAACUCUUUAGAGAGGGUGUAGUGUUGUUGCAAGGGAAAGAAUAGAGAUAAACAGUUAUCGAAGUCGAUAAAUAAAAGGGAAACAUGCUACUAAAAACAUAGCAAAAUGCAACAAAAAAAAACACAGCUGAACCUAAUCAACAUAAAGCUAAACACAAGUUGUGUGAGUAAAAACACACAAACAAACACAAAGAAAACAAAACACACGCAAAACAUAAGAUAACGAAUAAAGAGAAAUGUGCGUAAAAAUUAACAAGAAAGUGGGACAGAACAUUAGGUCUAUAUAGAAGUACAUAUAUAUAUUUAAUACAGAGAUAUAGAGAAAGAGAGUCAACUUAUAGAAAGAGAGAGUGAGAGAGAACAGGCAAAGAAAAUGGGAAAUAAAACCCCCUCUAAAAAGGAAUGUGUUAAAAAGAAAGAAAUGUGUUAAUAGAACGUGAUAGGAGAAUGAGCGUGUGUGUGUGAGUAAACGAGAGAGGGGUAGGAAUGUGUUA